AUGUCCCAGGAUUCCGAAAUCUCCCAUCCUGGGACCCCCAGUGUCGGGAACCCUGAGUUUCAGGACCCCCAGUGUCAAGGAUCCUCAGUGUUGGGAACACCCAGUGUCGGGAACCCUGAGUUUCAGGACCCCCAGUGUCAGGGAUCCUCAGUGUUGGGAACACCCAGUGUCGGGGACCCUCAGAACCCCCAGUGUCAGGACCCCCACUGUCAGGAACCCCCAGUGUCAGGGAGACUCAGAACCCCGAGUGUUGGGACCCUCAAUGUCGGGACCCCCAGUGUCAGGGACCAUCGGGACCCCCAGUGUCAGGGACCAUCAGAACCCCCAGUGUCAGAACCCCAGUGUCGGGACCCCCAGUGUCAGGGACACUCAGAGCCCCCAGUGUCGGGACCCUCAAUGUCGGGGCCCCUAGUGUCGGCCCAUCAGAACCCCCAGUGUCAGGACCCGCAGUGUCAGGAACCCCAGUGUCAGGACCCCCAAUUUCAAUGA